AGAGGAAAGCAAUGAUAAACCACCUCUGAAUACCACUUCCAAGGAUGUGGUUAUCAGUCAUUUCUUUGGAAGAAAAGUAAAGCAGUGUGCCGUUGGGGACAUACUUGCAGCCUCUAGCCCCGACACUUGGUGGCCUAUUGACAUCUCUGUUCCCACGCUUUUCUUUCCAGAAUCUGAGCUACUUUGAAGGCGAAGCAAUGAGGCCACCGACCUUUCUAUUUAUUAUUGAAAGUCCUGGAAUAGAGAUUUCUAGUUACAAAAAUCUCUUUCCUCAGGUUCAAGCCAAAAAUGAACGAGAGACGCGGGAUGAGUGUGUGAUAACGUAAGUUUGGAGAUCAUUACUGCCUUGCAAAUUAUCAUUCCUGAAGAAAAGUUCUGUGAAAUCUCUUAAACCACUGAGCUGUGGAGCCAGUUUAGCCUCACUGGACUGUUCUUCAAUCUGAGAUUGGGAGACUGAGUUGCGGGAGCCGGCCCAAGCUACGCUGGGAGUGUCUCUGAAAGCCCAGAGGCCAUUUUACGGAAUCAAACAGAAGCUGGAAAAAACUGACAGAGUAGACAAACGGACGGACGGAGAGACGCAACGGCCUCCUUGACAACAGCAAUCAGGCCAGGGCGGGCCAAGCAGACAGGCACGCCGCUAGGGGCGUUACGAGUACGAGUGCCAAGUCUGCCUUGGUUGUCUGAACAGCGGGAGGGGCUGGUCGGUCGGUCGGUCUAGCUGGGCCGGGCUAGCUGGGCCGGGCUGACCGCGGGGCCAGGCCGCGCGCGGCUGACGACCAUUGUGUGUGAGACCGAGGCGAGGAGUGCGGGGAAAUGAUGCAGUUAAACCCCACGCCCGACUUUCGCCCCUGCCAGUGAUAUUGCCUCCUUCGUCAACAGCCGUUGCGGCGAAGAGGCCGCCCACCGCAAACCAGCCCAUCAUGCCGUCCACGCCGUUACCGCCCAAGGAGAGCAACCUCUUUAAGCGGAUUCUGUUAUUAGGUUCAACUCUGAGGAUUGCAGCCUUCUAACAAAAUGGCAGAAACUGGGUCUGACAACCCUGAUCGAGUCAGGAGGCAAAGUCUUGGAAUUGGGGCAAGGCAAACAUUUGUGGAAAGGAUCGAGAGCAGCAGAGUACCUUUCUCUUUGUCUGGUAAAUGCUAUGAACAAAAACAAUACAAAAAUGGACUCAAGUUCUGUAAGAUGAUCCUCUCCAAUCCAAAGUUUGCUGAACAUGGCGAGACUUUGGCUAUGAAAGGACUGACCUUGAAUUGUUUAGGAAAGAAAGAAGAAGCAUAUGAAUUUGUUCGUAAAGGGCUCCGUAAUGAUGUAAAAAGUCAUGUGUGUUGGCAUGUUUAUGGACUCUUGCAGCGAUCUGAUAAAAAAUAUGAUGAAGCUAUUAAGUGCUAUCGAAAUGCUCUCAAAUUAGAUAAAGACAAUCUACAAAUCCUAAGAGAUCUCUCACUGUUGCAGAUCCAAAUGAGGGAUCUUGAAGGAUACAGAGAGACCAGGUAUCAGCUACUGCAACUGCGGCCUACUCAGAGGGCUUCAUGGAUUGGAUAUGCAAUUGCAUAUCAUUUGUUAAAAGACUAUGAUAUGGCCUUAAAACUACUGGAAGAGUUUAGAAAAACUCAGCAGAUUCCUCCUAAUAAAAUAGACUAUGAGUAUAGUGAAUUAAUAUUGUACCAGAAUCAAGUGAUGAGAGAGGCAGAUCUGUUUCAAGAAUCUUUGGAACAUAUAGAAAUUUAUGAGAGACAAAUAUGUGAUAAGCUCAUGAUAGAUGAAAUCAAAGGAGAGAUGUUGUUGAAGUUGGGAAGAUUAAAAGAAGCUUCUGAAGUGUACAAAGAGCUUAUUGAUCGGAAUGCAGAAAAUUGGUAUUACUAUGAAGGCUUGGAAAAAGCUCUACAUCCAUGCUCUUUAGAAGAGAGACUAGAAAUGUAUGAAGAAAUAAGCAAGCAACAUCCAAGAGCAGUUUCACCUAGAAGAUUACCUUUAAACUUUGUCACAGGUGAAAAAUUUAGAGAACUAAUGGAUAAAUUCCUGAGGGUUUACUUCAGUAAAGGCUGCCCACCCUUGUUUACCACUUUGAAAUCUUUGUAUAACAGUACAGAAAAGGUUUCUACAAUCCAAGAGCUUGUUACUGGUUAUGAAGCAUCUUUGAAAACCUGUGACUUGUUUAGUACCUAUGAAAAUGGAGAUCGAGAGCCCCCAACAACUCUGCUUUGGGUUCGCUAUUUCCUUGCGCAACACUUUGACAAACUGGGUCAGUUUUCCUUGGCCUUGGAUUACAUUAAUUCUGCAGUUGCAAGUACCCCAACGCUAAUAGAGUUGUUCUAUUUGAAAGCAAAAAUUUACAAGCAUGUAGGCAAUCUCAAGGAGGCUGCCAAAUGGAUGGAUGAAGCACAGUCAUUGGAUACAGCUGAUAGAUUCAUCAACUCCAAAUGUGCAAAGUAUAUGCUGAGAGCAAAUAUGGUGAAGGAAGCAGAGGAUAUGUGUUCCAAGUUCACAAGGGAAGGGACUUCUGCAAUGGAGAAUCUCAAUGAAAUGCAGUGUAUGUGGUUCCAAACAGAAUGCGCUUUAGCUUUUCAGAGACUAGGGAAAUAUGGAGAUGCCUUGAAAAAGUGCUAUGAAGUGGAGAGGCACUUUUUUGAGAUAACAGAUGAUCAAUUUGACUUCCACACAUACUGCAUGAGAAAGAUGACACUACGUGCCUAUGUGGACCUUUUGAGAUUAGAAGACAUUCUCAGGAAACAUACCUUCUACUUCAAGGCUGCCCGGUCAGCAAUUGAGAUCUACUUGAAGCUACAUGAUAAUCCACUAACCAAUGAAAAUAAAGAACAAGAAGUAAAUUCAGAAAAUCUUUCUGCCAAAGAACUUAAGAAAAUGCUCAGUAAGCAAAGACGAGCACAGAAAAAAGCUAAACUUGAAGAGGAGAGAAAACAUGCAGAAAGAGAGAGGCAGCAGAAGAACCAAAAGAAGAAACGAGAUGAGGAAGAUGAGGAAACUAGUGGUCCCAAAGAAGAAUUAGUCCCUGAAAAACUGGAAAGGGUUGAUAAUCCAUUAGAGGAAGCUAUUAAGUUCCUUAUGCCACUUAAGAAUCUUGUGGCAGAUAACAUAGACACACACCUUUUAGCAUUUGAAAUAUAUUUAAGGAAAGGAAAAUUUCUGUUAAUGUUGCAGUCGGUUAAAAGAGCUUUUGCUAUUGACAGUAAUAACCCAUGGCUACAUGAAUGUUUGAUUAAAUUCUCCAAAUGUGUGUUUGGUCAUAGUAAUUUGCCAAAAAUCGUGAACAAAGUCCUAACCCAAGAAAUGCAGAAGAUUUUUAUUAGUAAAGAUUUGGAAAGUUUUAAUGAAGAAUUUCUCAAACGCAAUUCUACCUCCAUACAGCAUUUGCUAUCAGGUGCCAAGAUGUUGUAUUUUCUGGACAACUCAAGACAAGAGAAAGCUAUUAGUAUUGCUACUAGACUAGAUGAAACUAUGACAGACAAAAAUGUGAAGACUUUAACAACAGUCUUAGAGUCCUUACUUGAUGGCAGCUUUGGAACAAGCCACAUCCAGAGUGAUGAGUAUCGGAUAGCAUGCCACAAACUGUUUCCUUUAGCAUCUGCCUUUGUCUCUUCCACAAAUGAAGAUGUUGGUUGCUUUGCAUCAAUGAAUCAUACAGCCAUUAAUCAUGAUGUGCUGUCCAAUGAAAUUUAAAGUAGAACACAGCAAUCAUUCUCUCUUCCAGACUGGUUGAAUACAGAUCAGGGUUGUUUCUUCAGAGUACAUUGGAACAAUUCAGAUGUCAAAUUGGUAAUUGAAUGAAAAUGUACUGUGCUAUGAGCUCAUUUCUCUGAACAAGAGCUGCCAUUAUUUAUGUAACCUAUCUCUGAUUAAUACUGGUCAUGUUUAUACUUGUACAGUUACAAAUAUUUUUAUUUCAAAUAAUGGACACUAUAGACUGACCAUUCACAUGAAUGUUGCUACAUAUACAAAUACAGCCACUUCUUAAAAACCAGUUGGAUAUCAAAGUUGGUAAGUUAAGAUGGAUAUAAUGCUGCAUGCCUUGUCCAUUGUGUUCAGUGUUUUUAUUUGUUCUUUCGAAACACAAAUCCUAAUUGUAAACUGUGGCAAUUUUCUGUUAAUUCAAAGCUUAAUUUUGAGAUCUUGUGUUUUUAAAUUGGUAUAUAUGUUUGAAAGCUAUAACCUCUGUUCUCCCAUAACUAUUAGUUUGAAUAGUUCAUUAAAUAUUUUAAAACAAUUGAAUAUGCACAAUUACUGUUUGGAUACUUGUUUCUUUACCAAUUUCAAAACAUCAAUCUGCUUUGAAAAGAAAAAAAAGUAUAGUAACAGAAUGUGGCCUUGCCCAGAAAAUAAAUUCUGUUUAAAUAUUUUAUUGAGCUCUGUUUAAAAAUAAAUAAAUCAAGAAGUGAACUUUAAUUCAGCAUUUGCUGAAGUGUUGCUGUAAGUGCUAUAAAGCAAUUAUCAUUUAAGAUUUACUUUUAAAAAAGCAAUUUGAGCACAACUAAUCUGACUACGAAUCAGUUUUUUCUUUGUAUUUUGGUGCAUUAAUCUGAAUGCAGUACACAUACAACAUAUUUAAGUUGUAAGUCAAUUGUCUUAAAUGUUUUACUUCAGGACAUAAUGGCUACUCAUGACAACUUUAUAUAAACUGCUGUCAAAACUUGAAAUACACUGUGGCUUGUACAGAAAAUGCAUUUUCUGAAAAAUAAUAGAAACAGUUUCUUUUCAUUUUUAUGGUUAAUGUAAAUAUUUAAGUAAUAUUACUUAGGCCCUAUGCAAAAUUCAAGGAGGGAAGUUUUAUGAAGGCAAAUGGUUCAGAAGGUCUCUAUCAUCUGUUUAGAAUCAAUAGUUGAAUGAAAAAUUCACUAUAAAAUAAUGCUGUAAUAAAUUAUUUUGUACA